AUGUCAGAUUCAGAAUCCAAUGACGACGGGUACGUCGUAAAAUUGCGGGGCCUGCCUUGGUCAGCUACCGUCGACGAUAUUUUAAAGUUUUUAGGAGAUAUUGGAGUGGAUAAGGUCCAUCUUACUCUCAGCAAAGAGGGCCGGCCCAGUGGUGAAGCUUUUGUCGAACUUGAAACUGAAGAAGAUUUAAUGAGGGCUGAAGAAAAAGAUAAAAAGCAUAUGGGGUCUCGUUACAUUGAAGUGUUUAAAGUUAAUCGUGCAGAAAUGGAUUGGGUGGUUAAAAGAUCCGGCGCUUCUUAUGAUGGGAAUGAUGAUGGUUGCGUACGUCUUAGAGGAUUGCCCUUUGGGUGCUCUAAAGAGGAAAUUGCCCAAUUCUUUACAGAAACCAAAGAAAACAACAGAAAACUAGAGAUGGACCUCCAAAACUUAAUGGCACUUAAUGACGAAAUGUUAACCUCAAUCAGAGCCCUAACCGAAGAUAACAAAACUUAUAUGAAUUACUACAAAAAAGCGCAAAAAGAGAUCUUUCUAAUGAGGACUAGCAACUUUCAGCAAAGAGAGACCGUUGAUGUCAGUACACAGUAUGAUCCUACUAUGAUAGGAGUGAAGGGUUUGCAAAAGGCUAUUGACAAUAAUGCUACACCACAAUCAGAGCCCCCACCACUGAUAACGCCACCAAUAUCUAUGGAACCUGUUCAGCGUAAAGUUUUAAUUGUAUCUGACCAGUUUGGAUAUAACUUCGGAUCAACAAUACAGGACUAUUUGCCAAUUUUUUUUUGUAGAAACUUUCAUAAAACCAAACGGUCGCUAUGCAAAUGUGAUACAACAUUUAGUACUCCAUACAAGAGAUUUUACAUUGAAUGA